GAAGAUGUAGAAUAUAACCAAAAGAUUGACAAGUGUCAUGAUGAGAUAAAAAAAGAAUUACCUAAUGAUUUGGAUAUUAAAAAUGAACAUGAAAAAAAAUCUAAAUCCAAAAGUUCAUCAAGUUCUGGUUCAUCAAGCAGUAGUAGUGAUAGUAUGAGGAAUGAUAAUACUGACAGUAAAUACAAUUUUAAGAAAAACGAUAAAAUUGAAUCCAAAUCUUCGUAUGAAAAAACUUUAAAUGAUAGUAUAAAAAUAAAACAAAGAUYGCGAUCUAGAAAUAAAAGUAGAUCUCAUUCAAGAUCUAAGCGUAGUAGGUCACAUUCAAGAUAUGGUAGAAAAUCUCCACAUAGUUUUAGAUCAAGACAAAGUCGAUCGCCAAGAUUAAGUCAUUCAUAUUCCACAAAGUUUAAAAGCAAAUGGAAUAGUUCUAGUUCAAAUGAAUCGAGAAGUGAUGAACUCUAGUAUAGAUGAUAAUUUUCUAGUCAAAAUAUUGUUUUAAGAGGUUAAACUCUUAAUUAUUGUUUUAUUGAAAUUACUCAUUAAA